UCUUGGUGGUGCGUUAGCCUCGAGACUGCUGACCUCUGUAGACCUCCACUCGCCCUCGCCCCUGCCUGAGCUGCAUGCUGCCACGCCGCGUGGAGACCACAUCCGCCCCUGCACCGCCUUCCAGAGCUCUCACAAGGUCUUGCUAUGCGCACACCUGCGGCUCCGCACUGACUCGAGGCUAUGGCUUUUCCUGGAAGACUCAGCAGCGGAGGCGGCAGCUUGUACAAUGAAGACAGAAACUUGCUUCGCGUUAGAGAGAAGGAAAGACGCAACCAGGAAGCUCACCGAGAGCAGCAGGAGUUUCCGGAACAGAUGCCCCUCUUUGGAGAGCCCUACAAGACGGCGAAGGGCGAUGAGCUGUCCAGCCGCUUGCAGAACAUGCUGGGGAACUACGAGGAGAUGAAGGAGUUCCUGAGCAUCACUUCCUGUUCUCAGUGCCCGGAUGCUGCGGACAAUCGGCUGGGGAAGCCAAGAUACCCUUUGUUUCCCGAGCGGGUCGGCGGCACCCCAUCUAGCCCCUUUCAGGCUGGAGUUCACCACCAGCCCCCGCACGCCCCCGCCCCCAGGCCCCUGCCCAUGGGCAGCAGCAGCCACCAUCCAAAGAUGGUGCAGCCCAGAAAGGACCCCAUGCCAGGCCCCCGCACCAAGGGCUGUGGCCCGCCAGACGCACAGCCCCUGACUCGGGACCGCCUCGGGCAGGAGGGCUCCAGCUCCGGUCAGCACAAAAGAGGGGACCGCAGGCCCGACAGAGACCCCUGUGCCCCGGGGACAGGCGCCACGCCAGCCAGCGAGCUGUCUCCCUUCCUCUCUUCUCUGCCCUCCCCGGUACCGCCCCUGUCGCCCAUACAUUCCUCCCAGCUGGCUCCCCCUGGGGCGCAGGGAGGCUGCAAGGCGCAGGGCGCUGGCAGCGGUGCUAAAGGCUGCUGCCCAGCCAGGUCUCCCAAGGACCCGGCGGCGAAGGCCCGUGACAAGGAGGCCGCCCCAGACAGCACGGCAGCCGUGGCCAGCCUUGGGGUCGGCCUCCAGCCGCCACCUCAGACAUUUCCACCUCCCCCGCUGCCCUCCAAAAGCGGGGCCCUGCAGCAGAAGCCCACGGCCUAUGUGCGGCCCAUGGAUGGGCAGGAUCAGGCCCCCAGCGAGUCUCCCGAGCUGAAGCCACAGAGCUUCGAGAGGGGGGGCUCGAAGGUGCCCUCCGAGGCCCGGCUCGCCAAGCUGAAGAUGCCGCCCCUGCCUGCGGAGCAGACCUACUCUAGUGACAUCCACUGUGUUGAGGAGAUUCUCAAGGAAAUGACCCAUUCGUGGCCGCCGCCUCUGACAGCAAUACACACGCCCAGCACAGCGGAGCCCUCCAAAUUUCCUUUCCCUACCAAGGAUUCUCAGCACAUUAGCUCUGCAACCCAAAACCAAAAACAGUAUGACCCGCCUCCAAAAGCCCAGCCCAGUUCCCAGCAAGGAACGUCCAUGCUCGAGGACGACCUGCAGCUCAGUGACAGUGAGGACAGCGACUGCGAGCAAACCCCAGAGAAGCCUCCUUCCUCAGCUGCACCUCCAAGCGCUGCGCCCUCGCUGCCGGAGCCGGUGGCCUCAGCACAUUCCAGCAGCGCAGACUCCGAGAGCACCAGUGACUCCGACAGCUCCUCCGACUCAGAGAGCGAGAGCAGCUCGAGUGACAGUGAGGAUAACGAGCCCCGGGACACCCCAGCUGCAGAGCCUGAGCCUCCAACAACCAACAAAUGGCAGCUGGACAACUGGCUGAGCAAGGUGGUCCAGCCGGCCCCGGCGCCCGAGGGCCCAGGCGGAGCAGAGUCUGCGCGCCUCAGGGCUCAGCAGGGCCCGGAUGACGGCGACAUCAGGGCCACCAGCACUACAGGCCAGACACCUGCCGAGCCCAGAGCCCCGCCCCUGAAGAGCUGCAGCCGGGCGCCCCGGGGCCCCGCCGAGGCCCCCCACGCCAGCAGGAGAGGCAGUCACAAGUCCCCAGCGCAGCAGGAACUGCCACCCCGGCAGACCGUGGGGACCAAGCACCCCAGGAGGCCCGCCAAGGCCUCGGCCCCAGCCACCGCAGCAGACACAAGGGCCAGCUCACAGGGGGACAGGGAGCCGGGCCCUGUCCUCCAGAGCCUGAAGGACCCAACCUGCAAAGACAAGCCCAGGGUGAAGACGAAGGGCAGGCCGCGUGCUGGAAGCAGCAGGGAGCCGGGGCCCACACCUCCAGCUCCCAGGGACAAGCAGCAACCAGGGAGCUGCGCUCCGGCGCCCACCAAUGACAGCGCAGGGGCCCCCAGCCCUGAGCCCUUUGCGAUCGUCCCCCUGGCGCAGGUUCAGGCCCCCGCCCAGGGCGGCGGCAGGACUAGUGGCUGCCGGCAGGCUGUGGUGGUCCAGGAGGACAGCCACAAGGACACGCUGCCCCUGCCCCUGAGGAACCCCAGGGCGCUCUUGCCACUUAGGGACACGCCUGUCCCCCACAGCCUGGUGGUGAAGAUAGCCCUCAACCUCAUCGGCAGGGUGCCCCGGCCGCCCGGAAAGGGAGGCCGCCCCCAGAAGCCAGAGGAGAAGCCCCCAUCUGCAGGGAAGAGGCAGGAGCCGGAGAAGAGGAGCUCAGACAAUCCUGGCAAGGCGGCCCGGAAGAGGAAGGGAGAAGCAGAGAGAGACUCCGAUAAUAAGAGAAUCAGACUAGAGAAAGAAGUCAAGCCACAGCCCUCUUUGUCUUCGUCCUCCCACAAAGAAUCUUCUAGAACAAAGACGCACAAGCCCUCCUCAGAGCCCUCGAAAAAGGAAAUGCUUCCCCCUCCACCUGUGUCCUCCUCCUCCACGUCCUCCUCCUCUUCGUCGUCGUCCUCCUCCUCGUCCUCGUCCUCCCAGAAACCAGCCAAGUUCGCACACAAGCGGUCACGGCGGGAAGCAGACCUCUGCCAGGACCCUCCCCAAAGUGCCAGCGCUCCCAGGAGCAGCCAUAGAGACCCCUCCGUUCCCAAGCGCAGGAAAGCCCAGGGCACGAGCUCAGGAAGCUCCUCGGAGCACAGAGGAUCUGGUGAUACUGCAAAUCCCUUUCCAGUGCCUUCUUUGCCAAAUGGUAACUCAAAGCCAGGGAAGCCUCCAGCGAAGUGUGACAAACAGCAAGCUGAUUUUCACAUGAAGGAGGCCAAAAAGUUGAAGUGCAAAGCAGAGUCCAUGACGGACAAGGUGGGGAAGGCCUUCAAGUACUUGGACGCCGUCCUGUCCCUUAUCGAGUGUGGGAUCGCCAUGGAGUCGGAGGGCCCGGCGGCCAAGGCGGCGUACUCCGUGUACUCGGAAGCCGUGGAUCUUGUGAAGUACACGGCGUCCCUGAGGUGCUGCGAGGGUACGCAACAGGAGAAGACACUCGCUGUUCUGUGCCUGCGGUGCCAGUCCCUGCUGCACAUGGCGAUGUUCCGCUGUAAGAAAGACGUAGCAGUGAAGUAUUCCCGCACCCUGAACGAACACUUCAGGAGCUCCCCCAAAGUGGCCCAGGCACCUUCUCCGUGCAUUGCAAGGAGCACGGGCGCACCGUCACCCCUCUCCCCAGUGCCUUCUCCUGCUGGCUCUGCCGGGGCCCCGCCGGGUGCUGGGGGCCUGGGGAGCAGCGGGAUGACUGCCACAGUCAACACCCCUGUCACCAUCCAGAAUAUGACCUCUUCCUACGUCUCCAUCACCUCCCACGUCCUCACCGCCUUCGACCUUUGGGAGCAGGCGGAAGCCCUCUCGAGGAAGAGCAAAGAAUUCUUUGCUCAGCUGAGCACAAAAACAUGCACCUUGGCCCUCAACAGCAGUUUGGCAGACCUGGUGCACUAUGCGAGACAGGGUUUUCAGCGGCUAAAACAAGCAACCAAAACACCUUAACACACGCCCACGGUGACCAAAUGCCUCGGGAGUUACUUUUGCACAUUGGAAGCCUCGGAACCAGUCUGGAUGAUUGUCUCAAAAGGAGCUCUGUGCGAUGAUCCGGAAGCUUGUCCGCUUGCACCCUGGCGAGCCGCGUGGCCAGCGGUCGGACGCCGUGGCUGUGCCGGAGCGGGGAUGGGGCCGGCCGAGAGACGAUCCUGCUCUUCCCAGCUGCACGCAGAAGGGCAGCGCCGCCUUCUCGGCACGCGCUGGGUCUGGAUCGUUUUCCCGGGUUUUUGUUGUGUUUGUUCCGAACCAGCGAGAGGCAACUCUGAAAGCAAAUUCACAUCAUCUCCGUAGUCACACUCGUCCACUCCCAGAAGGAAACUUUUUUAAGAAUGAUUUUUGGUGGAGGGUUUUGUGGUCGAUUUCUUCUUUCUAAGUUUUGGGGAGGAUUUGUGUCGUGGAUGCUAAUGGCCAUCUCAAAGCGUAAGUUGUGAAGGACGCCCCUGUAGCCUUUUCUGCGGGUCGGCAGGGGCUCUGAUAAUACUAAGUAUUAUCCUAAUUUAUAAAACGGAAGGAAACCCCAUUCCCGAUGGACUGCACCCUCACCCCAGCUCAGAGGCCUCCGACUGCGCUGGGAGGUACGCGUGGGGACCAGCCCCAGCUCCGUCCUCGGGGCUGAGCAUCGCCGUCCCCUCCCCGCUUCCAGGAAAAGGACUUGGUGACAAGGCGGUCACCUUGGACUGUCUUCUGAUUUUCCUGUGUUGGGGAAGAAGGGAAUCAACUUUGAUACCCGACCAGACGGCUAACGUGCUUCUUCAGCGUCCAGCACCGCUGGAGUCCAAGGUGCUGGGUGGUGGCCUGCAGCUGUGUGGUAACGUGUGUGUGACCAGCUCUUGAGUUUUGUCAGUGAACAAAGGAAAAUGAAAUCUUCUUAGAGAGGCUAUAUUUUUCUGCUACAAAUUAUUUUAUAUUUAUAGCAAAACCAAACUUUCUGAGCCUUUGAUUGACUAGAGGAAGUCAACUCCGUGAGAGGAGGCGGAGACUGGGGGGACUGAUUAGACUUUUUCAAAAUCGUCACCACAUGCCUUCACUCCAGAGUAUUCUCGGCCAGCCAGCGUGGGGCGCGGAGGAGGAACCGUGGCCUCAGAGUUCUCGCCAGGCUGUCUGGACCCGACCAGGAUGGCAGGAAUGCUGGGACCGGUCUACACUGGGGUCCCACACGCCCCUCCCACGGGCUCUGCUCCUGGACACUUUGCAGGUUCACAUGGGGAAUACUCUGCUGAGUGCAGUGUUUUUUUAAAAGCCAACUCUUCCUUCCCCCCUUUAGAAGAUAGGAUUUGCACAUGUAUUACACUUGAGGAGUGUUUCUCUGUGAUUAAUUGGCCCAUUGACGCCCCCUCCGCCCCGUUCGUGCCUCUGCACGUUUCCUCCCAAGCAUGUUUCAUCAUUUCGUAUUUAUUACUUGUGAAGAAGGGAGAGCCACCUUUGUUUACCACGAAGAGGUCUCCAGUGCCUGGGGUGAGUGUGGAAGUGUCUGUGUUGCGUGGUGCCCGAGGGAAGGGCGGGCCGGGAAGAGGACUCGAGUGACACUUGUUUGUUUCCCGUCUGUCCCCCUCGCUGGGUUAAAGCCAUAGAUGUCUGAGCAGAAGACCUUGAUGUGCAAUCCUGACAAAGCAGCUUCUCUGUGGUUGCUCUAAUGCAAACUCGGUCUUUCUAAACUCUUAGUUUAAAAAAGAACUUUUAUUAAGUGAACAGUAAUUGCUCAGCAGGUUGUGUGUGUGCUGUGUGUGUGUGUGUGUGUGUGUGUGUCUUGUGUGGCAGGGACUCAGCGCUCAAAUCAGUCCUGUGCAGUCUUCUGCCACGCUUUACCUUGCUCCCUUGGCUGGCCCCUCCCCGCUAAGCUACCUGUCACUCAUGCAGGGCAGUGUGCUCCACGGAGCAUGCGCCCUCCCAGCGACCCACCCUGCGCCCUUGACCCAAGACAUUGUUCUGCAGUUCUCAGAGAACACGUGGCUUUUUCUGUGGCCUUAUUCUUUGCAGGAGUUCUUUCUAAACUCCAUAUUAAGUUUUAUUUGUCCCUUGAGAAACUCACAGAUUGGGAUAAAUCAGUUUGUAGUGCUUCUGUCACUGUAUUUCUGAUGCUGACCACAACACUCUGUGCGCCUAAAAGGUUGCACCUGGGGACCGUUCGUGUCCAUAGGUGUCUUUGCUGUUAUAGCUGGGUAUAGAAAUCUAUACAGAAAGAUUUUUAAAUCAUUUGCACUUUUCCACUGCAUGGUUACAAUUCCCAGUGGCAGAAUUUAUACUGAGGUAGAGAAUUUGAGACGAUUGCAUUAUACAUUGAAAUUUAAGUCUUUGAGUAUGUGAUGUUAUCGUAACAGUAAUAAUACCCACUUUACACUGAGACAAAGAAAAACAUCCUGAGUAAAAAAUAGAGUAAAUCUUGCCUUUGCCAUGGCGGGGUGUGUUUAUGUGCAUACGUGCACACACACAAGAUGGGAAAACACUUUUACUUUUACAAGUGUUGAAUGAUUCUGCCCUGCUGGAGAUAAAUAAAAUGUGAAUCAGUAAACUUAGGAACCCUGCUAAACAAUGAAACACUAUUUUUUUUUUUUUUUGGUUUUUCUCCGGUACCGGGAACUGAACUCACGACCUUGCGCUUGCCAGGCAGGGGCUUUGCCGCUGAGCUAAAUCCCCAGCCCCGAAACACUAUUGAAAUACACCACAUUCUACUUGGUUAAGACUGUGAAAGCAUAGGCCCCUCCUUAACCAGGGGAGGGGCCCGCAAGCAGUGAUCAGGAGUUAACUACAGUUCCCAGAUGCGUGAAUCUGACCAUCUGAUACUGUGAUUCAGUCACAGUAUCGAAUGGGGGAAAAGCCUCUAUUUUUUUUUUUUUUUAACCAAAAGACUUCCAUAGAUCUGUUCUGCCCAAAAUGUGUAGCUCUUCCCCGCAACAAAUUGGACAUUGACCUCUCUUGUUCUGUGUCUAAAUUCCAGAUCUCAGGGUGUUCAGAAGCUAAGAAAAACUCCCCUUAUUGGCUGAAACCUUGCCUUAACUGGUCCCUUAAUACUGAUGUUGGAAGGAUCAGGAGCUUACUCUUACGUGUCCUGUGUGGUCACGUAAAAGCAAGCAGGGAACCACUGCGUGCUCCAAGCCGUUAUCUCUGCUGCUUAGAAGAGUGGGAGCUGAUUCCACGAGAGUGUGUGUUGUGCCUUAGUUGACCCAGCCUCAUUUUGAAAGAAUGUCAUUUUAUGUUUAGCCACAGCUUCAAGGGAUUACGGGAGCCUUCAUCUUUUAUCCUUCUGCUUUAUAAAGUGUGGAGUGUAAUUGUGCAUCUUAAGGUAAAUGAGUUGGGCUUUUAUAAAUGUAUCUCAAAAAAUG